AAUACUGCGCAGUCAGUCACAAAUUGGAAGCCAAAGCGAAAAGUUUGUACUACUUUGCAAGCAACUAAACGAGCGACUUUACUUGAAACGAACCAACCGAAUUUCAUUGAACGAGUGGUACGUAGAGAGAGAUCAUGGCAUUGAUAUCUAGAGACCUUUUUCGCAACUGGUGGGAGGAUAUGGAUCGCUACCAUCGUGAAUUGGAAGAACAUUUCAAACGAUUAUCCACAAGAGACGAUCUAUUGCUACCACCAUCGAUGCCUUCCUUCAACGAAUUCUUUCGACCAUGGAAAAACGUAAUGCAGCAGUUGGAGCAACAAGUUGGAGGGCAAACCACUGUCGAACGAGACCAAGAGAAAUUCCAAGUGAUCGUCGAUGUACAACAAUUCGCUCCGGAAGAGAUCACAGUCAGAACAGACGACAAAUGUAUUACCGUGGAGGGUAAACACGAAGAGAAAAAAGAUCAACAUGGGUAUGUAUCGAGGCAUUUUGUGCGUCGAUACAUGCUUCCACAAGGAUAUGACAUUGGACAUGUAAAACCUAGUUUAUCCUCUGACGGUGUUCUUACCAUUACUGCUCCAAAACUCGCUUUACCAGCGCCUGGAGAAAGAAUCGUACCGAUCGAGCGAAGCAACGGACCGGCGAUCAAGGCUGCCUAAUCUGUAUACGCGAUGAUGCAUAUAAUUUAACCUGCUGUACAAUUUAUACCGUAUCGUAUAAUUUUUUUCGUCGUUAUACUCAUUAUUUCUUUUAAAUAUUGAAAAUUCUUUAUUUUAUACAUAUACCGAUACCGAUUACUUUGUUAAUCUAAUUUCGUAGAUACGAUAAUUUAAUUACAUCGUUAUGUAAUUUUAGUCCUGUGAGCAUCCAAAGAAGUGAUCAACUAUUUAAAGUGAGAAUGUAAAUGUUGUAUGGUACGCGAUUGUGUGAUUAAUGUUUAUCAUUGCAACUAAAGUCUGAUAAUAAUGUAUUAUGAUUUUAUCUUAAUUACACUGAUUAUUGUCAGUCCA